AUGACUGAUAAUCAAAGUAUCUCGAAAGAAAAAGAAAAUAUACCGAUGGAGCCAUCCAGUUUAAAGGAAGAAGACCACUCUAAAGUAGACCAAGUGACAGAGGAUGAGGAUGAUGAAUUCUUUGCUGCAGAAGAACAAAAAGAUAAAUCAGAGCUAGUCUCUGUGAUAACCCAACUUCAAGAUACCUUAUCUAUUAAAGAAGACGUAAUAGCCGAGGACAAGCCAGAACAAAAGCAAGUUGGUGAGUCAGAAGAAAAUCAUAAAAAAGAAGAGGUCGACAAAGAAACAUUGAUGGCAACCAGUGCACCCAAUUCUCCAAAGCCAAAGCCAUUAACCAAUCUACAGAUUAUAACAGAACAAAUACGUACUUCUAUUGAUUUGCCGGCCGGCCAGAACAUGGCCGAUUUUGUCACGCCUCCUACACCAGGCGCUGCCCCAAGUCCACCGCUGACGUUAGGGGGCAUCGAUGAGGAAGUGGAUGAUUUAGCGGAUCAUGACGCUGCUAAAGAACACAUAGAAACAGAAAAAAAGUCGAAUGAGCAACAAAAGAGGUUACCCACAGGUGCUAUUCCUUUAUCCAAUAUUGACUUUACUCGAGUUAAACCAAACGUGAUGAGACCAAGAGAACAAGAGGCUUAUGAUGAGGACAUGUUGAAAGGUGUUCAAUUGUUUUUUAACAACAAGUUUUCAGAGGCCAAGGCUAUCUUUGAAACAAAAUCUAAAGAAGACCCACUGUAUGCCUUGGGUUUAUCUUCAAUGGCAUUUGUCAAAGCAAUUUCUUCAUAUAACUCAAAGGAUGUAGAGGCUGCGCUUUCCAACUUGACAGAAACUUAUUUAUUUGCCAAUGCUCAAAUUGAAGCUGCAUAUGCCAAAAAGCCCUUGAAGGAUACGGUAUCACACUAUUUCACCAAUCUCAUGGGAACCAACUCAACUCAUCUUCCUACCAACACACGACCUUUGAACAAGUGGGAACUACAGGAACAACAAUUCUUACCCAAUGGUGCGCUUAGGGCCCAUGUUGUGAAAGCCGAAUGUGCUUUACUGAUGGCUAUGACAUAUCUAUCAUUGGAAACUGUUGUUGGUUAUCUUAAAGCGGGAUGGAACCUUCGCAGAGCCUAUACAAGUUAUAGUCUUGUGUGGCAAGAAUAUAAACGCAUGGGUCAAAACUUCAACAAGUACAUCGAUCAAGAUACCGUCUCGGGCAUUCAAUUUGGCAUUGGCGCCGUCCAUCUGUUGCUAUCCUCUUUGCCUCCCAAGGUCCUAAAGAUUGUAUCCGCUUUCGGUUGGACGGCCGAUAAGCAUCUAGGGUUUGCUCUUCUCAAGCUAUGUUUGGAAGGCAAACGUAUCCGAUCACCGCUCGCUUCACUUAUGCUUUUAUCCUACUACGUGAUCCUCACGUCAUAUGCGCCACAGAUCCUUACGCGGGAGUUGAUCCAACCUGCCAUCGAGUGCUUACUCGAUGCCCAAGAACACUAUCCCAACUCGGCCUUCUUCCUGUUCUUUGCUGGCCGUGUCAGUCGUCUGGCACGUAACCUGCCACUGUCAACACAGUCCUUUGUCUACAUGUACGAAGUCACUCAAGGCGAUUGGCCCGAGGUAGGUCACCUGGCAACAUUUGAAAUUGCCUUUAACUCUGCCAUGUGUCUUGACUGGGCAAGUGCUGCUGUCCGUAUCCUUGAGCUCCAGACCAAGUACAACUCACCUGCGUUCCUCAAAUAUUUUUAUGGUGCCUGUAUGGAGAUGCUCGGUAACCGAACCGAGGCUAUUCUGGCAUUUGCAGAGGCGCCCAAGCUCAUCGACAAAAAGCGAAACUCUCAAAUGGAGCAGUACAUUUCGAAUCGUGUUGCUUUCUUCGAGGUCAGUGGCUAUCAAGACCUUGACUUCAGUUUGCCUGCCCUCGAAAUUCUGUUUGUGUGGAACGCGUUUCCCUGUAUGGAAUCCUCAACACUUGAAAAGUGCCUAGAGUUGGUCGAAUCGACACUCGAACUGAUCUAUGAGCGUGAAAAAAUGGAAUAUGACCUGCGAAGAGUCGAGUUAGUGCCCAUGACAGCUAAACCUGAUUAUAAUGAUCAACGUGGUGCCCUAUUGCUCAUGAAAGCAUCCAUUUUGAAUUCACUGAAUAGAUAUGAAGAAGGCGUGGUUCAUCUGAACUGGAUCGUUGACAACAAGGAUAAAUUUAAGCAUACCAACUGGGUUGCUCCAUUUGCUUAUUGGGAAUGCGGUAACACUUGCUGGGGCAUGAAAGAUUACAAACGAGCAAGGUAUCUCUGGGAAUCGACAUUAACCUACUCAAACUACGAUUUCGAGUACAGACUGGCUACGCGCCUGAAUCUUGCCAUCCAACACUCGAUCGAUCUAGGUGUACCUGAGACAAUCAAGCCAAAGACAGAUAAAGGAAAAACCACUCAUGGACGUAAGAGAAUGUCUAUUGUAUCAACAAAGUCAACAGGAAGUAUUAUGUCCUCUUCAUAA